CGGGUGUUUUGCGUGCGGAUGACGGACGCCAGAAGCAGCAGGAGAUCGCCGAAGCAGCACUGCCAGGGAAAGGCAUAAAAAAGCAGUACGAACACAGCGAUUCGCCAUUUUAAAAAUCCUAUCAUUGCGGUAAGGAAGUGUAGUGAAUAGGAGAUUUUUGCAGGAUUUUUUCGCGGAUUCUCGUGUUGAUCGGAGUGUUUGUGCGGUGGAAAAAGGCGACCGUGUUGUAGCGGAUUCCGACGCGGAUGAAGUGACAGUGAUUCGAGUUGGUGUCGGGGAGAAAAAUCAAUCCGAUUGAUUGUGGAUCUCUAGUAGGCAGUCAUGGAAGGGAAGUAUUUUCCUCGGUGGUACUUUUCCUAGCAGCAGUAGCACCAGUGCCAAACAUAUACAGAAGAGCGCAGUGUAUUGAAAUAGGGCAUGGCAUCGUUAUGCUCCUACAUUGACCGGGUUGUGGCGGCGGUGGUGUAGAAGGAAGCGGGAAGAAAAUUAAAUCAUUAAUGCACAACAGUGUUCCUUGUCCGCUUUGGUCGAGUUUCGAUUCUGCCUUGGAACGACCUUUUCACUGGAUCCAGAAGUGGACUGAAGUUUAUAAACAAUAACAGUUUUGUUGUUUGCAACAUUGAGCUGAUGGUGUAACAAACAAGCGCUUCAAGAGUGUUUUGAGGGGAAAAAGUGAAAUUCUUUUUGCGGAGAAAGCAUUUUCUGAGGUUCUGCUCACAUAAGCCGUGUGUUGUGCUAGUUCAGCGCUGCAAGAGGUCGUUUCCUGCUCCGAGCUGUUGUUUAAUGUGUGUUGUUACUCAAUGACAAAGUGAGCCCAACAGUAGUCGGAGAAUCCGUCAGCAUCAGGAAGUGAGUGUGGUAUUUCAAUAACUGGAUCUUGUGGUGGAACGGCGUCGAAUCAGCAAAAGGCCUCAAAGUGGAUACCAAAAGCAACCUGGGUUUAACCCAGGACUUUGAGAGGAUGGUGGGCCUCUCGGGCGGUGCGCACCUCUACGGGGCGGGCAUGCCACCGACACAGGAGAUUGUCCGGGACAUGUCCUCCAUGCCGAGCACCGCCCCUACCAGUGCCGAUGCCUGCCUCAGCAUUGUCCACUCGCUGAUGUGUCACCGACAGGGUGGCGAAAGCGAAGGCUUCGCCAAACGGGCCAUCGAAUCUCUGGUGAAGAAGCUAAAGGAGAAACGGGACGAGCUGGAUUCGCUCAUCACGGCGAUUACCACAAACGGAGCACAUCCCAGCAAGUGUGUCACAAUCCAGCGGACUCUUGACGGGCGAUUACAGGUGGCAGGACGCAAAGGUUUUCCCCAUGUGAUUUAUGCCCGCAUAUGGCGCUGGCCAGAUCUCCACAAAAACGAACUGAAGCACGUCAAGUACUGUCAGUUCGCGUUCGAUCUCAAAUGCGACUCGGUUUGCGUGAACCCGUACCAUUACGAACGGGUGGUAUCUCCCGGAAUUGAUCUAUCCGGGUUGACACUGCAGACUGGUCCGAGCCGUUUAAUCAAAGACGAGUACACCCCUGGAUCGGUUGUGCCCGGAUCCAUGGACAUCGAUGGUAAUGAAAUUGGAACGAUACAGCACCAUCCGGCAAUGGUGCCAGGUGGAGGCUACGGUGGCAUGGGAAUGCACCAGCAAGUCCCAGACCCGUCACAAAUGGGCAGUAUGUUUCCGCCUCCGCCGGGCAGUGCCCCAAGACCUAUACCAAAAAUGGAACCCUCAGAGCAGCCUCGAAACAGUAACGGCAGCUGGAUGAACAACCAAAGUUCAUCCUCAGCGUCUGCCCCCAAUUCUGCUCCACUUAAUCGGCUUUCGUCGUCUCUGCCGCAUUCCUCUGUUCUAGGUAAUCCAAUCGGAUUAGCCAGUGGUGGUGGGCUGCGUCCCCCUCAACCGGGCCCAGUCCAAGGCCCACCUCAAUCCGCUCAACCAAAUCCACAAAUGACAAACGGCGGAAACGGACUGAUAGGAAGCUCGUCCCAGCCCAAUCUUCUCAACGCCGACGGCCAAGGGCAGUACUACACCAACAGCGCGGUGGAUCCCACGCUGGCCGGUGAUCCCCAACUCGGUCCCAACAUGGGCGUCCAGAAUUCGAUAUCCGCCGCGUCGCCUGUGUCUCCUCACCUGCAGCAAAACGGCUACAGUCAGCAGGCACAGAAUAGUCAACAGCAGCAGCAGCAGCAACCUCCUCCUCAGCAGCAGUCACAACAGUCCUCCGGUCAGGGCCAGUACGGUCAGCACCAGACCGGCGCGGCGACAUGGUCCGGCGCCAACACGCUAACGUAUACGCAAUCAAUCCAACCACCGGCGCCAGAUCCGCGAUCUCAGGGUGGCCACCAACAGUAUUGGCAGCACGGUGGCGGCGGUGGCCCUGGAAGUGUCAGUGGAUCAAGUACAGGCCAAAUGCAGGAAUUGCCCAACCAACAACGGCUGUCUAGACAGCCGGCACCGGAAUACUGGUGUUCGGUUGCUUAUUUCGAGCUCGAUACUCAAGUUGGGGAAAUGUUCAAAGUACCAUCGAACCGCCCGAAUGUAACCGUCGAUGGGUAUGUCGAUCCGUCUGGUGGAAAUCGGUUCUGCUUGGGUGCACUCAGCAACGUGCAUCGAACGGAGCAAAGCGAAAAAGCAAGGCUACACAUCGGCAAGGGAGUGCAGCUGGAUCUGCGUGGAGAAGGAGACGUGUGGCUACGAUGUCUGAGUGAUCAUUCAGUGUUCGUUCAAAGUUACUAUUUGGAUCGCGAGGCUGGUCGCACGCCCGGCGAUGCUGUUCACAAAAUCUAUCCUGCGGCGUGUAUAAAGGUGUUCGAUCUCCGUCAGUGUCACCUGCAGAUGCAAUCAUUGGCUACUAGCGCCCAAAAAGCCGCACAAAUGCAAGCUGCCGCAGUUGCGGGGGUUUCCGGGUUGGCCGUUGGUGCUCCCAGAAAUCUGUCUGCCGCUGCCGGAAUCGGUGUCGAUGACUUGCGAAGGCUCUGCAUCCUGCGGUUGUCGUUCGUCAAGGGCUGGGGUCCCGACUAUCCCCGACAGUCCAUCAAGGAGACGCCCUGCUGGGUGGAAGUCCAUCUGCACCGGGCGCUGCAGCUGCUGGACGAAGUGUUGCACCAAAUGCCGAUCGAUGGCCCCCGUGGCGCUAUAGAGUAAAAUGUCUAGAUCGCGACGCCGUAUAGCUGCUUUUCAGUAUGUAUAGGAGAUAUUUAUUUCACGCGUGACGGAUCAUUGAUACGGUACGGCAAACAUUGGCUUUUUAUCUACACAGCUCCGAAGUUCACUUUGGAUGAUCGGUUUACUUACCCUCAACGAAAAGUUUACAGAAUGUUUCAAAGAUUAUCAUUGAAAAUUUUUUACUGAAAAAUGUAUUGAGUCCUUGAAGAAUUAUUUAAGGAUUUCUUUCAGCAAAUAUCUUAGAAAUUUCUUCUCAGAUUUCUCCACAAAAUCCUUAAGAAACAUUUCCAGGAAUUCGGUAUAUGAGGCCAGUCGUGAGUAAGCCAUCGCAUCAUCACAUUACCCAGCAUUCUGACAUGGCAGGCGCCAUUCUCGCCUAAAAAAGAAGAUCACCAAUACUUACAAUACAAUUCCUGUAAGUUAGUGUUAGCGGUCAGCCAAGCUCUUCUGGCGAUUUCAUUUAUGUGAAGUUUAGAGCUAGGUAGAUAAAAUAAAAUGUGAAACCGUGUAAUUAUUGUUUAAUAACGAUAUGCUAAAGUGUACAUGUAUCAGUAGUGAUCACAAAAGUGUUACAAGAGUGCGCAUACAAAAGCUUGUUAAAAUUUAAGACGUACUAUCCGUUUGAGACGUUUAGAGCAAAAGUUACUCAAUAGAUUGCUUCGAAAUUCUCCUGUUUGUGCACUGAAACUGUGUAGGCAAUUUUUGCAAAGUUUUUGUUAAUGUUGUUCUUCUGAACACCCCUGACGUUGGAAUAGAAAGCAGAGCAUUACUUUUGGCACUCACAGCAUGUCGUCUGUAACGGAUAGCGAAAACAGGAUAAAAAAACGUGUGAUUUGUUAGUAGGUAACGUUUAUGAUAAGCAUGAAAACCUGUAUACUUAGCGACUAAAUCAUGAAUAUAAACUUAUUUAUACAGAUAACGAUCUACAUACAAAGUUUUACGCUAAUUCUUAGAGGAAACAAAUGUUUACGCAUCAAAGUGAUUCAAACAAGUACCGCGAGGUCAAUACAAAUUUCGUCUCUUAUAGCAUAAAUGCAAACGAUAAAAACAUUAACAACUGAACUAAAAAGGAUACAAAGCAACCGACAAAUAUUCUACCUCUGAUAAGAAAAUGAGAACAACAAGAACACUCACUUUAUAUUCAUGCAUAGUUCUUAAAACAAAACAAAAAAAGUUUAAAAUUGCAGACAAAAUGCAACCAUUAGAUGUGCUAGUGAAUAACACAAAACACAAAAAAAGUAUUCACGAAUGGCGAUGAAGUGCAACGCAUUGAGGGUGAGGAUGUUCAAAAAAAACAGAGUUGGAUGUUUCAAAAAUGUUAGUAGUGACAAAGGAAAACUAUGAAAGAAACUGUACCUUACAAAAAAAACUAAAACUAAAGAAAAUAUGCUCUUUCCAGAGGACAAAUCUUGGAAUCUAUAUUAUAUUAUUGACGAUUUCAGCAUGAAGCAAAAAGUGCUAAUCAGGUCGUACAUUUUCGGUGCGCAUUGAUGAGUGCCAUUAAACCUAGAGCUGGUUUGAGAAAUCAGAUAUAAAGAAUGAUAAAAAGAAACACAAUUUUCCAAUUAUCACUAAAACUCCGCCUACCUUUUUGGAAAUGAACUUAACUUGUUUAUAUUUGUGUUGCCUUAAUUUCCGUUUCCUUUUCAAAGAGCAAUGAAAUAAAACAAUCGUAUAAGCAAGAGAAGAAGUGCAAUGACAGAGCAUUAUUAUACAGUAAAGAAAGAUAAAGAUUCAAACACACAAGCAAAGUACGAACGUUGUUCGACGAAGAGUUACUUCCAAAUGUCGGAGAAGUUUAUUUUGUUAGUUGCUGAUUGGAAUACCUAACUGUUGAUGUUUUUUUUUUUCUUUUUUUUUUGAACUGUACAUGGAAUGGUUCGCAACCUAAAUAUGACAGAAUGUAACAUUUAAAACACGAUUAUCGGUAAAUAAAAAUACAUCACAUUGCAAA